AUUGUGGCAUAUCGAAUCAAAAUAGUUUGCAAUUAUUAUGUCUAUAAAGCUGGAAAGUUUUCCAAAAGAGCUUUUAUUUUUCAACUUUAUGCAUGGAACUAUAGCUACUUCACAAAGAUUACAAAGAACAGUCUCAGUUUAUGUUCAUUCACUUGAACUAAAGAAGGGCUCUAUUCUGUUUGUGAAAAUGGAGGGAGAGAUGGAAGAGAAGCUUUUGAGGCAAGCAGAAGAGAAUCUUUUGAGGCAAGCAGAAGAGAAUCAUGUUGAUGAGGAAAUAAAUCUCAAGGACAAGGUGUGGACUGAGACUAAAAAGAUGUGGAUUGUAGCAGGUCCUGCCAUUUUCACGCGAUUUUCGACAUUUGGGAUGAACUUAGUUAGUCAAGCCUUUGUCGGGCACAUUGGCUCAACUGAACUAGCAGCCUACUCGCUUGUGGUUACUGUCCUCUUGAGGUUUGCAAAUGGCAUCCUGUUGGGGAUGGCGAGUGCUUUGGAAACGCUGUGUGGGCAAGCAUAUGGUGCGCAACAGCACCACAUGAUGGGAAUAUAUCUUCAAAGAUCAUGGAUAGUUUUGUUCAUUUGCUCAAUCUUUCUUCUUCCAGUGUUUAUCUUUACUACUCCAAUUUUAAUUGCUUUGGGCCAGGAAAGAGAGAUCGCAGAAUUAGCGGGAGUCAUUUCUUAUUGGCUACUCCCUGUAAUGUUUGCAUUCAUAAUAUCCUUUACCUGCCAAAUGUUCCUACAAGCACAGAGCAAGAACAUGAUUAUCUCUUACUUGGCAGCAUUUUCAUUUUCAAUUCAUCUCCUUCUUUCAUGGCUUUUGACUGUGAAAUAUAAGUUUGGAAUCAUGGGGGCAAUGGUAUCGACAGUUAUGGCAUACUGGAUUCCAAAUAUGGGUCAACUUAUGUUUGUUAUGUAUGGUGGGUGCAGUGAAACAUGGAAAGGUUUUUCCAUUUUUGCUUUCAAAGAUCUUUGGCCUGUAAUGAAGCUUUCACUGUCAUCUGGCGCCAUGCUUUGUCUUGAGCUCUGGUACAACACAGUAUUGAUUCUUCUAACAGGAAACAUGAAAAAUGCUGAAGUUUCCAUUGAUGCUCUCUCUAUUUGCCUCAAUGUCAAUGGUCUCGAAAUGAUGAUAUCCCUUGGUUUCUUGGCUGCAGCAAGUGUUAGGGUCUCGAACGAGCUUGGACGAGGAAGCUCAAAAGCUGCAAAGUUCUCCAUUAUAGUAACAGUUUGUACAUCAUUUGCCAUUGGAUUAGUAUUGUUUCUAUUUUUCCUUCUCCUCAAGGGCCGUCUAGCAUACAUAUUUACUGACAAUUAUGAGGUGGCUCGAGCAGUAGCAGAUCUUUCUCUACUUCUGGCUUUCUCCAUACUUUUGAAUAGUGUGCAACCAGUGCUCUCCGGAGUUGCUGUUGGUGCUGGAUGGCAAAGCAUUGUGGCAUACGUUAACUUAUCGUGCUACUACCUGAUUGGGAUUCCUGUUGGAGUUGUGCUUGGUUAUGUUUCCAAAUUUGGAGUCAAAGGUGUGUGGAUGGGAAUGUUGUUGGGAACAUUUGUUCAAACUGUAGUGCUUAUUAUUAUAACCUGGAGAACUGAUUGGGAUAAACAGGUUAUUAUAGCUCGAAAACGCGUUAGCAAGUGGGUCGUAGCAGAAUCUGCAGAAGAAUCAACGCCCAAGAGACAAGAAGUAUGAGAUUUAGCUUCUUCAAUUGCCACUACCCUUUUGAUACUUAAUUACCUUGAAUUAAGGGUCUUGGUGGUUCAAUAACUGGAAUUAUAUUUUGUUUUCAACUUUACAAAUAUCCCAAGAUUUCCCUCUACUUUAUAUUCUUUUAUUAAUUACCAUAGUUUUAUUAAAAGAGUGAAACAAUGGGGUUUUUAUUUCCAUAAAUAUUUUGAGAGUUUCAUAAGGUUUUUA